AUGGUGGCAAGAUCCGGCGACAGGGAUUCGACGGCAUACGAUGCCAACUUCGAGCUCUGCCUCCAGCAGCAGGGCAUCUUCAGGGAGUCUACUCGGUUUCCUGACGGAACACAAAUCCCUGAACCAAGAAACUUGCCAGAAAUCAACAAGAUACUUUUCGAAAGACGAAAUGAUUUGCAACCGCCCAGGUUAGAUGAAGCAGACUUCACUUCGUUUGCGAAUAACCACGAGUUCUCGCCCCGCCCCGAACCGAUGCGGGCCAUUAUACCUACCAUCAUCGGCCCUGAAACCUACGAACAAGUCUCCAAGAUACGAUUUCAUAUAGAGCCCAUAGGAGACAUUCCCUUUAUUCACUCGGCUCCAGACAUUUUUGAUUGCGCUCGGCGUUACGAUCUACACAGGGACAUUUACCGUGGUUUGUACCGCCGAGUCAUUCCAGCGCGCGCGCGCGAUGGAAACCCCGAUCCAGCAGUGCCGAACUGGUUUGUCGAGGCCAGAGCGCGUACGGUGCCCGCGCUAUGCACGCUCUCCAGAUUUUAUGGCAGAAGAGCAGAGGAAAAAGUCUACGACGGCAACGCAUAUACCUUUAGUGUCGUCUACGUGCGCGAGUCCCGCUGUCUGGAGGUAUUUGCCCAUCACAUGGCGAGGGCUGGCAAUGGGCAGGAGCAAUACUUUAUGACCAAGCUUUACGAAUUCAACAUGGUUGACAAGGACUCGUUCCAAAAAGGCAUCAUGGCCGUUAGGAAUGUAAGAGAUUUGGCCAGAAAGUAUCGAGGAGAGGUUAUCGAAUUUGCCAAUGACCGCGCCGUCAAGCUACGAAGCGAGAUUGAUGCUAGGCUAGAUGAUGCGGUUGAGAAGGAUAAAGAGGCACCUAAUGCAAAGAGAAGAAAUGCAAAGAGAAGACAUGCAAAUGAUGGUGAGCAGGACUUGGUACUGGAUCCCGAGGAAAUGGACUGCGAAUAA